CUUUUAAAAAGAUGUAAUUGGCUUCAUCGAGUGGUUCGUGAAUGGAGGCAGCAUCCUGGGUACUAAAUAGAGAGGUGCUCCAAGAAGUCCCAAGUCAGUUAUUUUUAAACUCAGAUUUCCGGGGACUCAGACUUACAGGGCAAAGUCCUCAGACAGCUGCCAUUACCUGUGGGGUAGAACAACAAGAGAAGAAGAAAAAAGAAACUAUGUGAGAAUCAAAAUAAAAAUGCGAGCCAGCCACUUAGAGGCGCAGCAUUCACGCCUCUGAUUUAUAGCUGCGCCACUGCACGGCUGAGCUGCGCCAGACUCCCACGCAGAGUCCAGCGGACCCCUCUGAAAGUGUACACCCAGUCAGACUUCAUCCGGGCAUUUCUCCGGAAUGCACCGUGCCCCCUUGCAUUUGCCAGACUAUUUGCAGAAUCAAGUCAUCUCUCCUUCUAUGGAAUUCUCGUAACACUUUAGACCAUGAUGUCCCUGGGCCAGCAGCAGUCAGCGAGAGGUGUGCCUUGUUUGCGAUGCAAGGGGACGUGUUCAGGCUUUGAGCCACAUCCGUGGAGGAAAAUAUGCAAGUCAUGCAAAUGCAGUCAAGAGGACCACUGCCUGAGCUCCGACCUGGAAGAUGAUCGGAAAAUUGGCCGCUUGCUGAUGGACUCCAAGUAUUCCACCCUCACAGCCCGGGUGAAAGGUGGGGAUGGCAUCCGGAUUUACAAGAGGAACCGGAUGAUCAUGACCAAUCCCAUUGCCACGGGGAAGGAUCCCACCUUUGACACCAUCACCUACGAGUGGGCUCCCCCUGGAGUCACCCAGAAACUGGGCCUGCAGUACAUGGAGCUCAUCCCAAAGGAGAAGCAGCCAGUGACGGGCACCGAGGGCGCCUACUACCGCCGCCGCCAGCUCAUGCACCAGCUCCCCAUCUACGACCAGGACCCCUCUCGCUGCCGCGGACUUUUGGAGAACGAGCUGAAACUCAUGGAAGAAUUCGUCAAGCACUACAAGAGCGAGGCCCUCGGCGUGGGAGAGGUGGCCCUCCCGGGCCAGGGUGGCUUGCCCAAGGAGGAGGGCAAGCAGCAGGAAAAGCCAGAGGGCACAGAGCCCACCGCCCCGACCACCAACGGCAGCAUCGGUGACCCGGCCAAAGAAUACGUCUGCGAGCUCUGCAAGGGGGCAGCACCCGCUGACAGCCCCGUGGUCUACGCGGACAGGGCCGGCUACAGCAAGCAGUGGCACCCUACCUGCUUCGUGUGCGCCAAGUGCGCCGAGCCGCUGGUCGACCUCAUCUACUUCUGGAAGGACGGGGCGCCCUGGUGUGGCCGCCACUACUGCGAGAGCCUGCGGCCCCGGUGCUCGGGCUGCGACGAGAUAAUAUUCUCGGAGGACUACCAGCGUGUAGAAGACCUGGCCUGGCACCGAAAGCACUUUGUCUGUGAGGGCUGUGAGCAGCAGCUGAGCGGCCGUGCAUACAUUGUCACCAAGGGUCAGCUUCUGUGCCCAACUUGCAGCAAGUCCAAGCACUCCUGAAGAGCUGCCUUUCCAUGGCUGGGACCCGCAGGCGCCCACUGAGAAGGAGAGCCAGGCGCGCUGAGGCCAUCCCAAGGGUCUGACGUGACAGCCAGCAAGCAACAAAAAACAGUAAUAUUGUUUUCAGUGAGACUAUAGAGACACAUAUAUUCUAGGUUGGGUGGUGGUGGAUCCUUGAAGGUCAAUAGUUUCAAAGCCAGAAAUGUCCUGAGAAGUCUUAGGACGGAGUUAUUUUGUCUUUGUUGCUGUUUUUCCCAGCUACCAACUAAAGACACAGUUGGCAUCCUGCAAGGGAUGCCCAGGAGGAGUUUCCCAGAGUGCAGUUCUGAGUGAUCGAGCCACGUAGCUGUAGAGUGCGCGUGCUUUUUCGUGAGGCUGGGAGCCCCUCCGGGAGAAGCCUGGGAUUCCAACAAUCGUUUGUUGCCUCCUUUCAAAUGGAAUUUGAAUUUUAAAUAAAAACGUUUUUUGGCAUGAUAAA